UUGUGUAUUCCAAAUUUCGCAUUCCAGUAUACACUUUUUUUCGACAAACCCAUCCAUUGAUUUUUCGCUGUCCAAUCCAAUCGGGGAAGUCAGGACACGAAAUCCCCGAGAGAUAGGACAACCGAAGAUCCUAGAGAUCCCAGAGAGCGACCAUGUCGGAGGCGGCGGUGCCAGCGAGCAAUGCGAACGCAAAUGCCAGCGAGAAAAUGGCCAGUUUGGUGCGUGAGGCGGAGAACCUGAAGACCAAACUGGAGGAGGAGCGCCAGAAGCUGAACGAUGUGAAUCUAUCCAAUAUUGCGGAGCGGCUGGAGCAGAUCGCCUAUGUGAACAUCAAGCCGCGCAAGGUGCUCAAGGGCCACCAGGCGAAGGUCCUGUGCACCGACUGGAGUCCCGACAAGCGUCACAUCAUCUCCUCCUCGCAGGACGGCAGGCUGAUCAUCUGGGAUGCGUUCACCACGAACAAGGAGCACGCCGUCACCAUGCCCACCACCUGGAUCAUGGCCUGUGCCUAUGCACCGUCGGGCAACUUUGUGGCCUGCGGCGGACUGGACAACAAGGUCACCGUGUAUCCCAUCACCUCGGAUGAGGAGAUGGCCGCCAAGAAGCGAACGGUGGGCACGCACACCAGCUACAUGUCGUGCUGCAUUUACCCGAAUUCGGAUCAGCAGAUCCUCACCGGCAGCGGCGAUUCCACAUGCGCCCUGUGGGACGUGGAGUCGGGCCAGCUGCUGCAGAGCUUUCACGGCCAUUCCGGCGAUGUGAUGGCCAUCGAUCUGGCCCCCAACGAGACGGGCAACACCUUCGUCUCCGGCAGCUGCGACCGCAUGGCCUUCAUCUGGGACAUGCGUUCCGGGCAUGUGGUUCAGUCCUUCGAGGGCCACCAAUCGGAUGUGAAUAGCGUUAAGUUCCAUCCAUGUGGAGAUGCCAUUGCCACAGGAUCCGACGACAGCAGCUGCCGGCUGUACGAUAUGCGAGCGGAUCGCGAGGUGGCCGUCUUCGCCAAGGAGAGCAUCAUCUUUGGCGUCAACUCGGUGGACUUUUCGGUCAGUGGCAGGCUGCUCUUCGCUGGCUACAACGAUUACACCGUCAACUUGUGGGACACUCUGAAGUCGGAGAGGGUUUGCCUGCUCUACGGGCAUGAGAACAAGGUGUCCUGCGUCCAGGUCUCACCGGAUGGCACCGCUCUAUCCACCGGCAGUUGGGACUACACCAUCCGGGUGUGGGCCUAAGCCACAUGAAACCAUAUUGUUAGGGGGCAACUGUCCAGGACAAAUGCCGCCUCGCUUUGUUAUCCCCUCUGUUCCAUCUAGUCUCUGUUUUUGUUGUUUUUUUUUUUUUUUUUUUGUUGUGCAUCUCUAGGAUAGUUAACUUACUUACGGAUUUGGUAAUCCCUCAAAUAUGUACAUAUGUCUCAUAUCGGGAUUUUCAGCCUAUGUCUUGGUUACCGCAGUGUUAUGCUUAUUACCAACUGCUGUAGCAUAAUGAACCCAAAAAUACAACUAUAUAUAUAUACGUGUAACCAUUAUGCGACUAGUUAUAAGUUCCUGUUCGAAAUAAAUGUUGAGCGAUA